AUGGCCACAGUGAAGACCGCCAAAUUCAACAAAGAUUUUCUAAAACGAUGUGGUCCUCCUUCGAAGAAAAGGAAGCUGCAGUAUGACCGAGACAACCUUAGGAGAGCAUUUGAGGCCACUAGGAAGGGAAUUUCAGUUUAUAGGGCAGCCAGGGACUAUUCUGUUCCAGAGUCUACAUUAAGAGACAGGCAUUUAGGACUGGUACCGCUUGAGUGUCACAUUGGUUUUGACAGUAUCUUUUCAAAUGUAGAAGAACAGAAACUUGUCAACCACAUUACAUAUAUGGCAAGUAUCGGCUAUGGGUACAACAAAUCUUCAAUCCAGUACAUGGCAUGGGAUUAUGCAAAAUCUCUAGGCAAACAAGUUAAAGCCAAAGAGUCCCUGAGUGAUAAUUGGUUUUAUGGUCUUUUGAAAAGGUGGCCUGAUUUGUGUGUAAAGAAACCCCAGAAGCUGUCAAUUGCACGUGCAAAGUCUGCCUCCAGAGAAGCUCUCAACAACUACUACAGUGAGCUUGGUUUUAUCUUGACAAUUAAUGAUUUGACUGAUAAACCACAAUGUAUAUCCAACAUUGAUGAAACAGGUGUCAACUCUGAACAUUCUCCACCUAAAAUUGUGUGUGAUAAAAACACUAUCCCACAGAAUGUCACUUCAUCCAGAUCGCAAACAGUAACUAUCAUAGCCUCUGGAAUUGCUUUAGGCAACUCCAUACCUCCUUACUAUGUAUUUCCAGGACAACGUUGGAAUCCUGAAUUCUUGAAUGAUGCAUGCCCUGGUUCUGCAGGUGAAAUGUCCAAGACAGGCUGGUCCAAUACAUGUAUAUUUGAGAAUUACUUGAAGAACCACUUUGCAACUUAUGCAAAUCUUUCUAGAAAUGUUGAUGGAUCCAAAAUUCUGAUACUCUAUGAUGGACAUAGAUCACAUACCUCUCUUACUCUGACUGACUGGGCAAAGAAGAACAAUGUUAUUUUAUUCCUACUUCCUCCUCAUUCAAGCCAUGUAACGCAGCCUUUGGAUGUUGGAGUCUUUGGACCUUUCAAAUCAAUGUACUACUCCGAAUGUCAGAACUUCAUGAAAAGGAACCCAGGCAUGAAUGUUACAAAGUACCAGAUUGCAAGUCUUACUAGCAAACCUUACCUAAAGGCACUAUCUGCAGAAAAUCUUAUUUCAGCAUUUCGCAGAACUGGUAUUCAUCCUUUUGACAGACAGGCUAUUGUUGAUUCUCAGAUUUCACCAUCAACUAUUUAUGCUGAGAAAUCCCAAACCACACAAGAAGAUCCUCAGCAUGACAACAGUCAACCUAUUCCCAACUCUGAAUCUUCAAAAAUGGAAGAUAAAAUGGAAGAUAACUUCUCUGAUUCUUCAAAAACGGAAGACAGCUUUUUCAAGUCAAGGACCAUAACUAAGCCAGUAUCAAAACCGAAAAGGAAGUUUGUUCCAUCUUUCCUACCGGUAUAUGGAGAUCUUCAUAAAAAGUCAGUGCAACAUGUCCUUGUAGCUCAGGCAAAUAAAACUCAGCAGUAG